CCCAAUCAUUGUUACAAGUGUUUCAUGGACUUAAUUUUAAAACAAAGUGAUGUUGAACAAAAUCUGUAAAACAUAAUGUCGCUGUCUUACUUCAUUUGCUUCCUGAGUGGGAGUGUGUUAAACGCUAGUAUCUGUGGCUCCGCCUUAAUAAUGAACCUUCAGUCAUUUGGUUCUAGUUCUUACACCUGGCUGGAGACUUGAAGAGUCUCGUAAAGCGUUGGAUUACGUUUCAAGUCAUAGAAAGGUUUUUUAUGGGGUUUUGAUAGUCUGUCACAACAUGAGUAAUUUGCUGCUGUAUGAGAUUGUUUUUGUUCUUAUUCUUUGCGGCUCCACUGAAGCCUUUCUACAUUCUUACCCUCAUGUGCGAGCAAGCAGAGUGCAGCGAAAUGUGGACUGCAGCACCGACCAGUACCUAGAUGGUAGCAUCUGCUGCACAAACUGUCCAGCGGGGACACAUGUGAAAAGCCGCUGCACCACAGCAGGACAACGUGGCACUUGUCAGGAAUGCCAGGAUGGGAAAUACACUGCUCAUGCCAACGGACUGCGUCAGUGCUUAAAAUGCACAGUGUGUCGCUCAGAUCAGGAAACGGUAACGCAGUGCACUACCAUUCAAGACACACUAUGUCAGUGCCGACCAGGGACGUUUUGCACUCCUGACCAGGCAUGUGAACUGUGCAGGACAUGUUCAACGUGCAAACGAGAUGAGGAGGCGGUGAGGAACUGCACCUCCACCAGCAACACGCAGUGCAAGAAGAUCCAGGCCAACCCUGACUCUAACUCAGCCAACAACUAUGGACUCAUGGUGGCACUUGUGUUGAUUUUUACUGCUGUUGUUGCAUUGAUUAUCAUCAUCAUCAUCGGGGUCAAUUGCUAUAAGAAGAGAUGUCAUCAAACUGAUGCCAGGGGACAUCUGCAAGAUGAGAUGAAGGCUGCUCAAAAUUCCAAUGAGGAUAUGAGAAAUGGAGAAACCCAAAGGUCCAGCUUCCCCAGCUGGGUGAGAUCAAGAUCCUCCACUGCUUCAGAGGAUGAGCUUAAAAUGCUGUGUGAAAGCCUCAACAGCUCAGCCAGUAACUCCCAGCAUAGCCUAGUCAGCCUGCCAUCACCUGCCUUCCCUGCACUGCAGCCUCCAGCUUACCUCCAGGGCCCUGAGCAGCUCAUCUUAAGGGAAGAUGAGCAGUUUCUCAAGCUCACUCCUGUUAAUGGUCAAGAGUCUCUUAGGCAGUGCUUUGGGUAUUUUGAAGAACUGGACAUCGACUACCACAAGAGGUUCUUCCGUAACCUUGGGAUUAAAGACAAUAUCAUCAAAAGCAAAGAUCAUCUUCAAUAUGAAGACAAGAUCCAUGAACUUCUAAACAUUUGGUUGGAGAACGUGGGGCGAGACGGCAGCUUAUCGGACCUGUUGAGAGUUCUGCUUGACUUGAAUCUAAAGCGUACGGCGGAGGUGUUCAUGGAGAAUGCCAUUCACGAUAACCAUUACACCUGUGAGUGUUAGCAAGGCAUGCUGAUUUUAGAAAGUGCUAUUCGAUCACUUGUGUUCGCCUGAGUCAUCAUGAGCUGAGGAUCAUUUAAGAUGGCGGUCAUGGUUAGAUUAUUCUUUUGAAUUGUCCACUACUGAUCUGAGCCAGUAGUUUUCCUGAGUCAAUGUGCAUUUCUGAGAGUUCUUAAGUGGGUUUGUUUGUCUCGACCGCUCGUUCCAGAGGAUCAGCCGCUGGGCUGGCGAUCCGACUGAGUUCUCAUGCAUGUUACUCAUUCUCCUAAACAGCUCUUGGUUUGCAUUUCGCAGUGCUGCCAUAGUAUUUGAGACGAACCUUUACUGUAUGUACUGUACAGCUAUGACUCGACACACUUCAGUUUUGCACAAAAAUCCAACUAUUAUCAGUUGUUCUUUUGAGUAUUUUUUCUCCAGCUUUUGUGUUGGUAAUUAACUGUUGGUGGGGUUUUUUUACGUUGUCAUUUGCCAAACAGGUCUUUGGCCUUUUUGUUUCUUUAAGAUUAUUUAUUAAAAUCCACAGGUCUAGGUGCAGCGACUGAGCAAAGAAACAGAUAGUUAUUUUAAUACAUUUCCACACAGAUGCGUAUUUUGCUCUGUUGGUUUCUUUCUGCCUGUGUGACGUUUGCUUCGUGUUUUGGUGCAAAAGUGUAGACCAUGUUCUGCUCCAUUGUACGUAUGUGUGUUGUUACAUGACCAUCAUAAUCUUAAUCACUACAGCCAGGAAGAGACAGAAGGCUUUGCUGAUUUAAGAAAAGCUUGCUUCGCCUCCUCACUGUUUUAAGUGGUCAGACUUUAUAUGAUGCUCUGGUUUGCUUAUUAUGUGAUUACAGUGUUAAACAGUGUUUCUGUUUGGUUUAAUGUCCUGAUAGUUUUUUUCUGUUUUUAUACCUUUUCGUAACAUAUUUAUUGACUAGUUCAACGUGAAAAUGAAAUAUAUGCAUGUAAGCAUUAAACCAUUCCAUCACAUUGA